UGUUCGAAAUUCGAAAUUCAAGCAUUCGAACAUCCAACCAAAUAUUACAAAUUUAACUAAGAAUGUGUAGCAAUAGUUUAACUGAUUAUCAAUUCACAAAAGCAUUUAAACAUGGAAAAUUCUGUUCGGUCUAUAAGGCAAAUUGUACUGUCAACGAUCGUGUUGUAGUUAUUAAGAAGUUUUCGCUGGAACAGGAAGAUGAUGCCGAAUUAAAGCGACUCUUUGCCGAGAUCCAAUGUUGUCGCCAAUUCAAGCAUCCAAAUAUCAAUAAGAUACUCCAUAGUUUUAUUGUGGACAGCGAUGUAUAUGUCCUGUAUCCGUAUAUGUGCUUUGGAACGUGCCAAAUUUUACUCGAAAGCAUUUUUGCGAAUGGACUGCCAGAGCCUCUGAUAGCAUUAAUUUUCAAGGAUGUCCUCUCCGCCCUUAUGUACAUACACACAAAUGACUUUGUCCAUGGAUCCGUCAGAGCCCAUCAUAUAUUACUAGACAGCCAGAAAGCAGUAUUAUCGAAUUUCCAUGAGAGUCGCAGCUUCAUAAAACACGGCAAGAAGAAACCGGUUCUCCAUGGCAUCUCCCACGAGAAGAAUUUAAACUGGGCUGCCCCGGAAGUCCUAGAUCAGAAUGUCCAUGGGUUUACCGAGAAGUGUGACAUCUACUCCGUGGGCAUAACGGCCUGCGAAAUGGCCAACGGCAUUCAACCGUAUUCGGAAACCCAGCCCACACUCAUGUACACGGAGAAAAUACGCGGAAAUGUGCCAUCCCUGCUAGAUAGAUCGACGUACACCAUGCUCCUGGAUGACCACGGUAAAAUGCCAUUUGAGAAUGCAACGACAAGAAGAACCUAUGAGAUUUUCAGUCAACGUGUGCUCACCGACGAUUUUCAUCAGUUCGUGGAAAUUUGCCUGAAUCGAAAUGCGGAGAAUCGUUGGAGCGCCAAGAAGCUAAUGACGCACGCAUUCUUCAAGCAAUGCCGACACGUCUCCAUCUCGGAUCACAUCAAGAAAUGUCGCAGCGAAUCGCAAAACAAUUCCUUAAUAGACGACGAAAGCAUCGGGCCACUGGAUGAUCAUGCACAGGAAUGCCGCGAAGAUGUUCAAUGGAAUUUUUAAGAAACUUAAUUCUGGCUUA